AUGUUCGAAUUGCGUCUCUCUAAAUGCUGCUUCACAGUCCCCAACGACCCGGCCCGCUUCACAGUCCCCAACGACUCGACCCGCUUCACAGUCCCCAACGACCCGACCCGCUUCACAGUCCCCCAACGACCCGACCCGCUUCACAGUCCCCCAACGACCCGACCCGCUUCACAGUCCCCCAACGACCCGACCCGCUUCACAGUCCCCCAACGACUAGACCCGCUUCACAGUCCCCCAACGACCCGACCCGCUUCACAGUCCCCCAACGACCCGACUCGCUUCACAGUCCCCAACGACCCGACCCGCUUCACAGUCCCCCAACGACCCGACCCGCUUCACAGUCCCCAACGACCCGGCCCGCUUCACAGUCCCCAACGACUCGACCCGCUUCACAGUCCCCAACGACCCGACCCGCUUCACAGUCCCCCAAGGACCCGACCCGCUUCACAAUCCCCCAACGACCCGACCCGCUUCACAGUCCCCCAACGACCCGACCCGCUUCACAGUCCCCCAACGACUAGACCCGCUUCACAGUCCCCCAACGACCCGACCCGCUUCACAGUCCCCCAACGACCCGACUCGCUUCACAGUCCCCAACGACCCGACCCGCUUCACAGUCCCCCAACGACCCGACCCGCUUCACAGUCCCCAACGACCCGGCCCGCUUCACAGUCCCCAACGACCCGACUCGCUUCACAGUCCCCAACGACCCGACCCGCUUCACAGUCCCCCAACGACUAG